GAAGCUGAGAUCCCCAGGGAGAAAACAGCCAGCGAGAAGGAGGCAAAGGCAACCAGCAGCAAGUGGGGGCUGGAUCAUGAGCAGAAAUGGCCCACAAGGAAUGACAAGCAGUGCAACCUGACUGGCUGGUGGAAGAAUGAACUGGGGUCCAAGAUGCACGUGACCAAAGUUGACAGUCAGGGCAGCUUCUCUGGAGAGUACUACACUGCUGUGUCAAGUGCCAAGAAACCCAUUCAGCCAUCCCCCCUUGUUGGCUCCCAGCACUUGGAUAAGGAUGGGCAGUGCACUUUCGGCUUUACGGUCAACUGGAAGAAAUUUUCAGCUGUCUUUGUGGGCCAGUGCUUUACUGGGGAUGAUGGGGAUGAGGUCCUGAAGACCUCCUGGCUGCUGCGGGAGAAGGUCGACUCCCUGCCCAGCGACUGGAAAGCAACCAGGACUGGCAGCAACACCUUCAUUCGCGUGGUCUGA